AUGUCAAACAUUAACGUUACAGGCAACCAUCUCGCAUCUUUUUCCGAACUACGUAUUCAAUCUCACAUCCAUAGAAGUAACGAGGCUGAGAUUGAGUCCUGUCUGCAGGCCUUGAGAUGUCCAGAUCCUCAGCUUGUCAAGAACCGGCUUCGGGAGGACAAAGGUCGAUUGGUCGAGGAAGCUAUCGGUUGGAUUCUCGAGAGCCGAGAAUUCAUUGCGUGGCGAGAUGACGACCAUGUUAGUCUCUUGUGGAUCAAGGGCGGAGCUGGGAAAGGCAAGACCAUGAUAUCUGUGUGCUUGAUCCAGGAGCUUUCACAAUCAAAAGAAGAGUCCGAAGUUGUGACUUACUUCUUCUGUCAAAACAACAAUAUCGAGUUGAAUACAAUUGCGUCGAUUCUCAAAGGCUUGAUUCGUCGAUUAGUGGAUCAGCAGCACGAGCUUAAAAGCUCUCUACUCGAGCGUUGGGAUACUGAUAAUGAGUGUUUUCGUGAAGACAUGACUUCAUGGCAAGUUCUUUGGUAUGUAUUCCUAGAGAUAUUGGAGAAGUGUCAAUGCACAAAAGUGUAUGUACUCAUUGAUGCGCUCGACGAAUGCCAGGGCCAAGACAUGGCCGAUCUUUUAAAACGACUUGUCAGAUCCGGUCUUCAAUGGCCUUCAAAGGUUAAAUGGCUUUUGACCAGUCGGCCAUUGGAUAGUGCUGAGCAGGAGCUGUUGGCUGGUUCUGAUCAGGUGCCCUUGAGUCUGGAAUUGAAUUCCGGAGCUCUUGCGCAAGUGGUACAAAUCUAUAUCGAAAGGAAAGUUGUAGAUCUUGAUCGUCGUCAUCAUUACGGUCCUGCAUUGUGCCGCAAGUUACAAGAUCAGCUGCAGCUGAAGGCUGAGCGCACAUUUUUAUGGGUGAGUCUCGUCUGUAAGAGACUAGAGGACCUCCCUCGAGAGCAGGCUCUGAGUGCAAUCCAAAAUUCACCUGCAGGUUUACAACACUUUUACGAUCGUAUGAUAGCUGAGAUCAACAAGGGAAACCCAAGUGACAUCAAACUCAGUCUGCGGCUACUUAAGGUCAUACUUCUAGCAUUUAGGCCUCUAAAUGUGUUAGAAAUAGGUGGCAUCACCGGAAUAUCGGAAAAUGACAUGCCAGUCCAGAGGCUUAUUGAUCGAUGCGGUUCUUUCAUAAAACUGAAUGGUACCUUCAUAGAAGUGAUACAUCAGUCUGUGCGGGACUACUUGACAAAGCCUAGUGCUCAGGCUCUCCUCGACUCCUACGAAGAAUUCGGAUAUGGUGCGAUGGCGUUGAAUUGCCUCGCUCACGCAACCAAGCAAUUGAGACCCAAUCUCGUAGGCCUAGAGACGCCAGGCUCAGUCUUUACACCCGAAGGAGAAGAAUGGAACAACCUAGCUCAUGUAAAAUAUCCCGUUCUUCUCUCGCUGAAUUACGCGGGCCCAUUGUGGGCAAAACACCUGGAAAGCGCUGGUCCAUCAAGAUUAGCUGAAGACGCGGUGAAAGAUGGUGGUAUGGUUGACAACUUCCUACGCAGCAAACUUUUAGAGUGGCUCGAGAGUCUGACUUUGUUGUUGCAAUUACCAUACGCUCUCGAUACCUUGAAGGCGGUACAAGCCAUUAUUAAGGCAAGUAAAGCCCAAUUUGAGGGUGCUGGCUCUGCAAUCAUUUUCAGUCCCGAGAGAAGUCUCAUUAGGGAAAGUCACUUUGAUCAAUUGCCCAAGUGGCUGAAGAGACUCCCACGCAUACAGAAGGACUGGGAUCCGCUGCUUCAGACAAUUUUUGCCAAUGACAGACCAAUUUUCGGUACAUCAUUCACAUCAGAUGGCAACACAUUGAUGUCGGUGGGAGCCUCCCCGAAUGACAUUAAAUGUUGGAACAGCACCACUGGCGAUGAGCUUUUUGUCGAGAAAGGCUCAGAAACGUAUGGAGAAGGUCAUGGUGACGCCAUCUUCUCAUUGGAUGGCCGUUGGGUUGCAUGUAAAGGCAAUGAUAAUACAAUUUUGACAUGUGACAUUGGAAAAAGGCAAGUUCGCAAAUUGUUACUUGACAGUGAAUACGGCAUCAGUACCAUAGCAAUAUCGCCAGACGGUUCACUGUUAGCAUCAAUAGGCGCCGAAAAGACUAUCAAGAUAUGGUCUUUGAUGUCUGGAGGCCUUCAGUCUACAAUUGACGUAGCGGAAUUGAACACGCACAAAAUACAAUUCUCGCCGGAUGGUAAGCAAAUCGGGUAUCUCACUUCCCUAGAUACUUUUAACCUUUGGAAUCUUGCUUUGGGUACUCUACAGAUGGAGUUGAUAGAUAACAUUUGGGAUAUAUUUCAUAUAUCCACCUUUGCACUAUCACCAGAUGGUAAGCAGAUUGCGACAUACCGCCUCUAUACUCAUAUUCUCCUGUGGGAUUGGACGUCCAAAGGUCUGCAACAACAAAUUCAAUGGAAUGACAAAGGUGCAACUGAAAUGUUCACGUUCUCUCUAGAUUCAAAAUACAUUGCAUCAAUAACUAUGGAUAGUAUAAUCAAGCUAUGGAAUUGUGCAACAGGUGAGCUUCAUACAACAUGUGUCAGUCAUGCUAGCAGGAUUACAAAUUUGUCUUUUUCUGGCGACACCCAACGUGUUGCUUCGACAUCUGAGGAUGGCAUGAUUAAGAUAUGGGAUUAUGCCCUCGGGACUGAGUCGCGCGUGAGUGACAUACAACAGAGCGCGCAACCAAUCAUUGGCCUGGCCUUUUCACUGGAUGGAAAUUGGAUAGCAUCUGGAUCUCGUGUGCAAUCCUUGACAUUAUGGGACACUCGAACAAAAGAUACGCGCCCAGAAUGGUCUCAAAAUGUGGAGAGCCGUGGCUCGGUUGAAGGGCUCCAGGCUAUAGCCUUUUCCAAUGACAGCGAACGCAUAGGCACUGGAGGCCUUCGAGGAUUUCUAGGAAUUUGGGACAGAGCUAAAGGAAAACUCAUCCUAGAAAUCAUGAACGCCCGUAUGGGCAUAAAAAGCAUACGAGCUGUUGCGUUUUCCAACCACGGUAAAUGGCUUGCCUCAGGAUCGGACGAUGGAAAGAUCAAGCUAUGGGAUAGUAGGACUGGUGUGCUUCUCAAAAGUUUGAUCGGCAACAAUGGUGAUACAUGUGCAUUAGCAUUUUCGCCUGAUAACAAACGCCUUGCCUCUGGUUGUCAGCACAGAAGCCUUAGAUUGUGGGACAUGCAGAAGGUUAUGAGACCGACUCGAAUGUUUGGAAAGCGUAUUGGGAGUCGCAUCGACCACAUUGGAUCCAGUUACGUUGCGACUGAUGAUACGGAAUAUCCCGUAUGGUGGAUGCACUUUUCGACGGAUGGCACCCACUUAGCCACAAGCGUUGGUGUCAUAGAAACUGAAAGCAUUCUUCAGAACAGUGAGAGAUAUACCGUGAAAGAUCUUGGCAUUCUCAAUGUCAAGGGGAGCUGGGUCUUGUGCGGGAACAUGCCCAUCUUUCGGUUUUCGACAGAUUACCUGCCUUGUACAAGAGUGUGGGCUGCGAGAGGCGAUCAGAUAGCAAUUGCCUACCAAAACGGUCAGAUGUUGCGCUUCGAGAUUGACCGCAGACAAUUCUUGGAAGAACGAGGACUCAUUACUCCAGACAAUCCGGAUGUUAAAUUCUAUGGGGAUUCUUAA